AUGGCAUACGUUGCGCUUCCGCAAAAAGAGAAGAUUCGUCAGCAGUUCGUGGAGGAAUUUUUGAGGGGUGGCUGGGUUCGCUUCUACUCCUUUACGCAAGAGGAUAGCGUCGUGAUGUAUUACAGCUUACAACCAGGCCGGUAUGGCGCCAUGUUCCCCACCGAAGCGGGUGUUGGGACUGCCGUGUUGGAUAUCUUCUCCAAGUUAGUACUUUACGUCCCAUGCAUGAACAACGAAAGCACAAAUCGAAAUCAACCACACCCACACGUGCAAACUUUCUAUGACGAGGAGGUGCGCAUUUUGUCCCUUCCAGAAGCCCAGCGGUAUUUGGGAAAUGUACUGCGGUGUAUUACCGGCUUUAUUGACGAGAUCACUCGCCUAAGGGCAGAGGGCCUCACUCCUGCGGCGGUUCACUCGGCUUACAUUCACCAACGUAACGUGGAAUCGGUUCCGCGGGACACCAAGUUUGUGUACGUUCGAAAAGUAUUUCCGGACCCGUGCGGAACGUUUACGCUUUUUCGAUUAUCAAAUUUGCGUUCGCAGGUUGUGUGCAAUGCGAUGCUUGACAUACGUUGGCAGAGCGAUCGGCGACACCAUGUAGGGCAAAAAUACUACGUGCAUGCUGAUGGAACCACUGAACCAUUUGUAGUUGACAACACCGGUGUUCUUUCACAGGUUGAAGAGGUGCUGAAUAAUAAUUAUAGAAGAUAA